CACUGGGCCAAGCCAAAGGCAUUCUCACUGUAGCUUCUACGUGGCUCUUCUAUGAACAUGGCCGUGGAAGCUGAAGGCAAGGAGUACUACAGGUGCAAGGCACUCGCAGAGGAUCUAUUGGGGAAGAUGACAAGGCUUCCUGUUAAACUAUGGCUGAGUGCUUUGCGAGUCGGAAAAGAAGAUCCAAGACGAAUCAUUCAUGCUGUAAAAGUUGGGGUAGCACUGACAGCCGUAUCCUGCUUGUACCUCCUGCAGCCAUUGUUCGAAGGAAUUGGACAGGGUGCAAUGUGGGCUGUCAUGACUGUGGUUGUAGUGCUUGAGUUCACUGCAGGUGCAACUUUGUGCAAAGGGCUAAACAGAGGAUUUGGCACAUUGUGUGCUGCAUCCCUUGCUUUUUUCAUAGAAGUCGUGUCGCAGAAGUCGCGCAAAGAGUUCCAUGCUAUAUUCAUAGGAAUUUCUGUAUUUCUAGUAGGAUUCCUGACUACAUACUUGAGAUUUGUUCCAUACAUAAAGAAGAACUACGAGUAUGGUGUAGUGAUUUUCCUACUGACGUUCAAUCUAAUUACGAUAUCGAGUUUCCGGGUGGAUGAUGUGCUGGAUUUGACAAAGGACCGUCUGUCGACGAUCGCUAUCGGCUGCGGCGUUUGCCUCUUCAUGAGCCUCUUUAUUUUACCAAACUGGUCAGGUGAAGACCUGCACAGAUCCACAGUCCACAAGCUCGAAGUCCUGGCAAGAUCUAUCGAAGCUUGUGUGCAUGAAUUCUUUCAGAAUCAAGACAGGGAAUCUCCGGUCAGGGAAGAGAAGUCAUCCAAGGAUGAAAUAUACAAAGGAUACAGAGCAGUCUUGGACUCCAAAUCCAGUGAUGAGACUCUCGCACUCUUUGCGAGCUGGGAACCGAGGCAUUCCAGGCACUGCUACAGCUUGCCAUGGGAGCAGUAUGUGAAGCUCGGUGCUAUCAUCAGACACUUUGGCUACACUGCUGUGGCACUUCAUGGAUGCUUGGAAUCAGAAAUUCAGACCCCUCAAUCUGUGCGGUCGUUGUUCCGGGACCCGUGCGUCCGCGUCGCCGGCGAAGUGCGCAAGGUCCUGGACGAGCUCGCGAGGAGCAUAAAGAACCGCCGGCACUGCUCCCCCGACGUCCUGUCCGACCAUCUCCACGAGGCCCUGCACGACCUCAACUCCGCCAUCAAGUCCCAGCCCCGCCUCUUCCUCAGCUCCAAGAGCGCCCGCCGCGCCGCCGCGGAGCGGAGGCCGGCAGCUGAAAAAAGCACGGGUCUCCCGUCGGCCAGAUCCGACAUCACCUUCGCGCUGGCGCCGGAGUGGCGGGGAGGCAAGUUGGCGGUGGCGGAUCAGCCGCCGGUGAAGGAGGCGAAGGCGUUGAGGCCGACGCUGAGCAAGAUCGCCUUAACGAGCCUGGAGUUCUCGGAGGCGCUGCCUUUCGCUGCGUUCGCGUCGCUGCUGGUGGAGAUGGUGGCGAGGCUGGAGCUGGUGAUCGAGGAGGUGGAGGAGCUGAGCAGGGCCGCCAAUUUUAAGGAGUUUUCGCAGGACCAGAUUGCGAUCGAGAUGGAGCGCGCUGCGGCCGUGAAGGAUUUCCACAGCCAUGUGGUUUGCCAUUCAGCGGCAGACUGACGAUGACUGACAAUGGAAUGCGUAGAUUUACCGGCGGCGCAGUACGUAGCUUGAAUAUCUAACGAAAAUGAAGAUGAACUCUUCCUCCACGUUGUUGGAUAAACCUAUCAAUGGUAGAAUUUAAAACACUAUCGACUGCUUGUAUUAAUUUUGGAAUUAGUCAAAAUAUUUUCAUAAAAAAGUUUUAA